GCCCUCCUGAAAAUGAGGUGAACUAAAUGAUCUGCUACGGAACGAACAGGAACCUCCAAACCAUUAACUUGGUGUGCUUCUCCCUCUCUCCUCUCUCCUCUCUUUCUUUCCGCGUCUGGCCAAGUUGUUAGAGCAACCUUGAACAAGUUGGCGGAUUUGAAAUCUAAGGUGAAUUGGGUACAUGCUGCUGAACUUGCAGGAUUUCUGGGGAAUUCGAUCAUAUGCUUUUAUGAAGACUGUUCCAAGAUGAAAUUUAUUGGCAUAUUGGAAGAUCAAGAGUUACAAAGGGGUUUUCAAAGAGAAAAGACAACGUGAUAUGUUUUGAUGCAGAUAACUUUUUAUGAAGUUCUUCCGUUUUAAACUAGGGAGCAUAAAGUGAAUGUUGAUGGAGAAACCAGAAAAUUCUAAUAAAGCUGAGUCAACUGCUCCCAGUAGUGGUGCAAGAACAGGUGCCUUUGGGCAUGUAUUUGGGUUUUCAGGUGUCAAGAAGAGAGGCCAUGGAAGUCGCUCAUGGAUAAAGAUUGAGCAAAAUGGGAACACAAAAGUUAUGGAGCUUGAUAAGUCCACAAUUAUGAAAGACUGUUCCUUACCUUCUAGGGAUCUUCGGCUUUUGGACCCCUUGUUUAUAUAUCCUUCUGCCAUAUUGGGCAGAGAGAAGGCUAUUGUGGUAAACCUAGAGCAGAUUAGAUGUGUUAUCACUGCUGACGAGGCUUUUGUGAUGAAUUCUUUGGAUGGCUCUGUCAUGCAGUAUAAGACAGAGUUGUGCAAUCGACUUCAAGCAUCCAAGGAUCAAGCUGAUGUAUUGCCGUUUGAAUUUAAAGCACUUGAAUUGGCUUUGGAAUUAACAUGCACGUCCCUGGAUGCCCAGGCAAAAGAAUUGGCUUCAGAGAUACGCCCAGUGCUAGACGAAUUAGCAUCAUCUAUUAGUACCCUGAACCUGGAACGUGUUCGGAGAUUCAAAGGCAACCUCCUUAGUUUGACUCAGCGAGUUCAAAAGGUGCGUGAUGAAAUCGAGCAUCUCAUGGAUGAUGAUGGCGAUAUGGCAGAGAUGUACCUUACGGAGAAGAAGGAGAAAAUGGAGGGUUAUAUGUCAAAUGAUCCAGACAUAGAUAACAUUCCUUCAGUUGGUGUGAAAUGGAUAUCAAAAUCUGCACCAGUUUCACCUGUUGCACCAGUUUCUCCAGGGGCAGCCACAAUUGGAUCCCAAAAAUUGCAGAGGGCUUUGAGCAGUAUUACCAGAUCAAGCCAGCAUGAAAGUAUUACAACAAGCUCAUCCAGUCAGAAGGAAGAUAUUGUUGAACUUGAGAUGUUGCUUGAAGCAUAUUUUGUCUUUAUUGACCACACCCUUAGCAAGUUGUCAUCACUGAAAGAAUACAUUGAUGAUACGGAGGACUUGAUCAAUAUCAAACUGGGAAAUGUUCAGAACCAGCUGAUUCAAUUUGAACUGUUGCUGACGGCAGCAACAUUCGUUGUUACAUGUUUUGCUGUUGUCACUGGGGUCUUUGGGAUGAAUUUCGAGACCCCGGUGUUCAAUAAUCCGUUUACAUUCAAUUGGGUUCUGAUUAUCAGCUGUAUCGGCUGUGGGAUCUUAUACUUCUGUUUUUUGGUUUAUUUCAAAGGGAAGAAAUUAGUCCCUGUCUAGUGAGUAGUGACUGCCUUUGCACACGUUAUUUAGUUUUUAUGAUCUAUUUCUUUACUGUACACACUUGUUUUAAGAAAAUUGAGUGUUACGAAAAAGUGAAAAAGUAA